AAUUUUUGAAUUUAAAAAUGCCGUUAUAUUUUUAAAAUUCAGAAAACUUUUAAAUUGAACAUUUAUAGACAUAAUUCGCAUCAAUGGUCGAUUAAUUGAGCCACUUUAAUUCACUUCAGAUCAACUGGAGGCAAUUCAUUAAUUCGAGACAAAAAAUAAAAAUAAAGACAAUUUAAAACGUGAAAAAAUGGAAAUUCUAAAAGUUGUGAUUACGUUGCUGCUACAAAUUUCCCUAAUUGCUGUUGCACAAAAUUCAACUCAAAGUGAAAAUAAUCAUGAUAAAAUUACACAAUUAAAUUUAUCGACUGAGAGUGAUGUGACAAAGCUCCUCGAAAACUCCACGAUACAAAGUACUGAUAACAAUAACUUAACGUCAACAGUAGCUGAAAAAACGUUAAAUGAUACCGAAACUCAGACAACAGUAGCUACCAGUACAGUGCCAACAACAACAACUGAUAUGUUGAUUCCACCAGCUACUGUUGAAGCACAAAUUGAGAAAUUAGAUGUUACGUCCAAAAAACCAUCAAGGCUGACAGUGAUAGCAGCACAAGCAUCAGAGGGCUGUCCAUCAUUCGAAAAUGCCAAUUCCUUAACUCAAACGCAAUUAUUUAAGCGUCUCGUUCAUCCGUGUCGUUAUGAUCGAAUUCAGAGACCUGAACCACGCGAUGAGAAUAACCAUGUUUUGCCUGUUGAUGUUUACGCUCGCGCUUAUAUUUAUUUUCUACAGAAUCUCGAAGCGCAUGAUUUACAAUUUAAGAUACAAGCAUUGCUUCAAUUGCGUUACGUUGACCCGAGACUUGUGUUUAGGGAAGUCGCUCCGAAUAAAACAACUCCAAUACUUGGUGAGGAUGAUUUAAGGAAGGAAUUGUGGGUGCCGCAUAUAUUCUUUGCAAAUGAACGAGAUUCUGGAAUUUUAGGAACACACGAAAAGGACAUACUUACCUCAAUUUCACCUGACGGAACUGUCAUCAUUUCUACAAGACUUCAAGCUACUCUAUAUUGUUAUAUGGAUCUCAGAAAGUUUCCUUUUGAUCAGCAACAAUGCAAAACAGUUCUCGAAAGUUGGAUGUACAAUGGCUCUCAAGUAAAACUUCAUUGGGAACCAAAAUCGCCAAUAACUUUAGGACCUGAUCAACAUUUAACUGAAUACGUUUUAAUGAAAACAUUUACAAAUGAGACAAUGAUUAAUGCUGAUCUUAGUGAUUUACGUCAUGGUGCAUUUGCAGGGAAUUAUAGUUCAUUAAGCUUUACAGUCGUUCUUGCACGUCAAAUGGGAUUUUAUCUUAUGGAUUAUUUCUUACCAUCAAUGAUGAUUGUUUCCAUUUCCUGGGUGUCAUUUUGGCUACAAGCUGAUCAAACAGCACCGCGUGUUAUGUUGGGUACGACAACUAUGUUGACCUUUAUCACUUUAGCAUCAGCGCAAGGCAAGACAUUACCAAAAGUUAGUUAUAUUAAGGCAUCUGAGAUUUGGUUCAUGGGAUGUACUGGAUUUAUUUUUGGAAGUCUAGUCGAGUUUGCAUUUGUAAAUACUAUUUGGAGGAGAAAGAAGAAUGUUGAGCUGAAGAAGGUCAAUACAUCGAAUAUUCUGAAGCAAACCUUAACUCCAAGACCGAUGAGGAAGGAUAUGAGCCACAGUCCAAAUUCUCUCCAAAAAUCCCAUUCAUGGUCGAAUAUUAAGGAACAAGAUCAGAAGUCACCGUUAAACGGAAGACAAUUUAAAUUCGACAAUAGUCUCACAGUUCACUCUUUGAUGUCAUAUUUACAGGGCUCGGGAUCAAUUCCGAUAAUAACGACUGAAAGUGUAGACGAUUUUAAAACAUACACAAACGGUGGCAUGUCGCAUGGACAUAGUGCUGUUUCCGUGACGAUAGAUGCACCACAAAAGGAACUAACCGAUAAAGAAAAAGAGCAACAAAAGAUAACGUGGACGACAAUGACACCACAGCAAAUAUCAAUGUGGAUCGAUAAGCGAUCACGAGUAUUCUUCCCAUGUGCCUUCUUCGUUUUUAACAUAUUCUAUUGGACAUUUGUCAAUAUUUAAGCUAGUAUUUUUCACUGACGAUUGUGACUGAGUUUAGAGAAAUUACGAACAUAUUCUUUAAAUUGUAUUAGAAAAUGUGUUGUUGGCCAUCUUGUGAAAGUGAUAUCAUUUUUUUAUAAGAGCAUUUUUAUAGAACUUACGUCAUUAUUUUAACUAUCUCCUGAUUAUUUAUUAUUUCUUUGACAUUUCUGUUAUUAUUUUUAAGUUAAUUGCUUUUUCCUUUGCUUGACAUUUACACUGUUUUAUUUCCAAGAGGAGUCGUUCGUAAGUGACAUUUAUGAUAUAAACUUUUAUGAAUGACCCCCAAAAAAUGAAUAACCCAAUUUUGUAAAAUCUCAUAAAAUUAAGAAAUCAGAAAUAUUUUCAUUUUAUAUUGCCAUAAAUUAUAACGAAAAAUCUAUAGUAAAUGAACAAACCUAUUCAUAGAGUGUGAGCUUUAAAAGUUCUCUCAUUUUAUAUUAAUCAUUUUAAGUAGCUGUAGAUUUUAUUAUAUUUUGAAAAAAUAACUCGAACGUGUUUUAAGUAAGACAAUAUAAAUAUUUGUGAGUGAGUCAUACAAUAAGUUUAUGUAAUGUAAUGAAGAGUGUCUAAUCGAGUCUUUUGUAUUUUAGAUUUAGAAUUAUUAUUAUUAUUAUUAUUGCCGUGUGAAGCAUUUCUAAUUAAUAAUCAAUAGAUUUAAAUUUACAUUAAAUUAUGUUCAAAAUACAAGAUAUAAGCUUGAAAAAGAUGAUUUAAACAAUUCGAAAA